AUGCUACUUGCAGCAAUCAAACUGACACGGCCUAUUAUUAGAUCCAAAGAAGUGACUGGGGUUGCCUUUGCUCAUCUCCUAGACACAUAUAGUCUGCAAAAUACUCCGGAAUGGGCGUACACAGCUGUUGUUAUUAUUAUACCGAAGCGCACCCGCUUUCCGUUUAAGCCCGAGACGGCCCUUCUUCUUUUCCCGCCGGCGCCUGCUCCCUCGGGCCAGCCCGGGGAUCCGCCUGGCGCCGGGCGGCUCGCCGCGGCCCUCUCCCCGCACCUGUCACCCACAACUGUCAAGUCCGCGGUGGAACUCCCGCCGCCCUCGGCCCGGCCUGCGGACGGUGCCUUUGUCCCCGCGGGGCCGCGGGCCCGGCCCGAAGGGAGCCCUGAGGCAUCGAGUUCGGGGGGAAAGAGGGCGCCUCGGUCCCGCCUGCGUCACGGGGGCGGCCUCCCGGAACCCCCAGCCCUACCGAACGGGACUGAAAAUAGCCGCACCCCCGCCCCGAGGCCCGUUCGCCCCUCCCCACCCCUCCCGCUGUCCCGGCGGGGCGGCCCCACGCACCUGCGCAGCGCCGGGCGCUCGGCGGGGCCCCGUUCGGCCGCUAAACGCCGCUGCACUCCGCACCAGCACCAGCUCCCGCUUCCGCCGCUUCCGGGUCCCGGCGCCGCGCGCAGCUCGCUCCGUGCGCUGGCUUUCAGAGAUGAGGAGAAAGCAGUGAGGAUCAGCACCAGCCCUUUGGACAACAGACAACUCGGUGGAGAAUGUCCUACCAAGAUGAAUAUGGAUCAUUCAAGAAUUAACUCUCUACUCAUCUUCUACCUCAGUUUUUUGCUGCUCGUCCAUUUAAAAAAGUCACUUUGCGUGAGGAAUGAUUCCAGGUGCCUGUCAAACUCUUGCCAAAAGAACUCUACAUGCAUUGCUGGUCCUCAAGACGAUACUUGCCACUGUGCAGAGGCAUCGGUGGACGCUGUGGAGGAACUCUGCAAUAAAACCUCUGAUCCUUGCUCCUCAAACCCUUGUCUUCAAAAUGCUACCUGUUUAAGCUCUGCUGGAAACCUCAGCUUUACAUGUGAGUGCCCUGCUGGGUAUAAUGGACCUACCUGUGAAGUAGCCAUUGGUGUGUGUGACACAAACCCUUGUGAGCAUGGAGGCACCUGCCAAAAUGGCCUGGCUGGGCCCACCUGCCUUUGUAGCCCAGGAUACACAGGUACGCUCUGUGAAAUGGAUCUCGAUGAAUGCAUGUCUGAGCCGUGCCACAAUGGAGCCAUGUGCAGGGAUGGGGUUGGUGAAUACUCCUGCUACUGCGUCCCGGGCUACCAAGGCAAGCACUGUGACCUGGAGGUGAAUGAGUGUGUGUCAGAUCCGUGCCUGAAUGGGGCAACCUGUCUCAACCAGAUUGGACAGUAUGACUGCAUCUGUCCCCUUGGGUACAGAGGCACAAACUGUGAGCUUGAAGUAGAUGAGUGCUUAUCAGAGCCUUGCCUGAAUGGUGGGACGUGCCAUGAUGCUCUGGGGAGCUUCUCCUGCUCCUGCCCGCCAGGCUUCCUCGGCCUCCUCUGUGAAACCAACGUGGACGAGUGUGCCAGUCAGCCUUGCCUCAACGGGGGACACUGCAGGGACGAUGCCAACGGGUACAGCUGCAACUGUACUGAUACUGGAUUUAUGGGUCUGCACUGUGAGACUCUAAUUCCCUUAUGUUGGUCACAACCCUGCUACAAUAACGGCACUUGUGAGGACAACGCUGACAAUUACACAUGCCACUGCUGGCCAGGCUACGCGGGCUCCCGCUGCGAAGAGGACAUUGGGGAGUGCGGCAGCAGCCCCUGCCAACCCGGGGGCGACUGCGUGGAGCGCUCCUGGGCCCACCGCUACGGCACCGUCCCGGGGCUGCCGGCAGCCUUCAGCUACCGCACGGCAGAGGGCUACAUCUGCAGCUGUAAGCCGGGCUUCACCGGUACUCACUGUGAUGAAGACAUCAAUGAAUGUUACACAAACCCUUGCCAAAAUGGUGGAAUCUGUGAGAAUUUUCCUGGGAAUUACACUUGCCAUUGCCCACCUGGAGGAAAAGAAGGGAUUUAUUACGGUGGCUGGAACUGUACAGAAAUUCUCCAUGGCUGCACUAAUCAGCACUGCCAAAAUAGUGGAAUAUGUAUCCCACAUUUACAAAAUGGCCAACACGGAUUCAGCUGCAUGUGUUCACCUGGGUAUACUGGACCACGCUGUGAAACCGUAACCACCUUCUCUUUUCAAGGAAACAGUUUCCUUUUGUUAAAGAAUCCCUCGGCCCCUGAACGGGAAUUUUCCUAUAAUAUAAACCUGAGGUUUCAAACUGUGCAACCUACAGCUUUUCUGUUUUACCGAGGGGAGAAAAACACAUUUGUGAAGCUGGAGUUACAGAAUGGCUACUUACACUUGUCCUUGCAAGUCAAUAACCAGCCACAGGCUCUUUUGCAUAUUUCACAUAAUGUCAGUGAUGGAGAAUGGCAUUCAGUGGAGGUAACCUUGGCAAGAGCUGUUACUCUUCAUUUGCUUGACAGCUCUUGUGUAGAAUCGUGUCUCAAUAAAACGUCUGCUAUCAUAGCUAACGAGCACGUGAUGCUUGCAUUUCAGAGCACGUUUUUGGGCGGCUUACCAGUGGGGAACGUUAGCGGCAGCUCUCUGCUUAACAUCUAUAAUAUACAUUCUGCACCUUCAUUUGUAGGCUGUCUUCAGGAUAUUGAAAUAGACUUGAAUGUUAUUACUGCAGAGACUGUGUCACCCGAAUCAUCUUUAAAUGUCAGGACAGGAUGUACUAAGAAGGACUGGUGUGAAACCCACCCUUGUCAGAACAGGGGACGCUGCACCAACCUGUGGCUGAACUACCACUGCGAUUGCUACCGGCCGUACACAGGGCCAAGCUGUGUAACAGAGUACAUUCCAGGCCGGUUUGGAUCUGAGGACUCCUCAAGCUAUGCUGCUUUUUCCAUCAACGCCACUCAGAAUGAAAAUUUACACAUAUCAAUGUUUUUCCGAACACGCAAACCUUCUGGCUUGUUACUGGCUUUGAGAAACACUACUUACUCCUACGUAAGAGUCUACUUGGAAGGUGGGAAACUCACAAUGUUAGCUCUAAAUUCCAUUAAGUUAUUAGGGAAACACUCCAUGAACGAUGGAAACUUUUACUUAAUAACAUUAAAAAUAGAACCAAAUAAGAUGGAACUGUUCCAGUCCUCUCAAUAUCUAGGCUUUAUUUCUACUCCAGUACUAACCAUCCAAAGUAAGAACACUCUUUACAUUGGAGGCCUACCAGAUAACAAAGAAACUGAUAGAAAUGGCAGGUAUUUCAAAGGCUGCAUCCAAGAUGUAAGAGUGAAUAAUCAGACGCUGGAAUUCUUCCCCAUCACCAAUCCGCUGAACUCUCUUAUCCACAGAACUCUGAUCAAUGUCAGCCAAGGCUGCACUGGUGACAACCUCUGCAAGUUCAACCCUUGCCACAAUGGUGGCGUGUGCUAUUCCAUCUGGGAUGACUUCACUUGCACGUGCCCCCCUAACACAGUGGGGAAGGCAUGUGAAGAAGUGAAGUGGUGUGAGCUUGAGCCCUGUCCUCAUGAAGCACAAUGCCAGCUGGUGCACCAAGGAUUUGAAUGUCUGGCUAAUGCAGUGUUUAGUGGCCGGAGCAGUGCGAUUUUUUAUAGAAGCAAUGGAAGAAUCCACAGAGACCUCAACAGUAUCGUAUUUGGCUUUCGGACUAGGGACACAGACGUGAUACUGCUGUAUGCAGAGAAGGAGCCAGAGUUUGUCAUCAUCAGCAUCCACGACUCCAAAUUGCUCUUUCAGUUGCAAAGUGGCAACAGCUUUUAUAAGCUGACCCUGGCUAGUUCACUGCCUGUGAGCGAUGGGAGAUGGCACCAAGUGACAGUCUCUAUGGUAGAGCCUCUGUCCCAGUUCUCUAGGUGGCACAUUGAUAUUGAUAACAAGAAAGACACUGUAACUAGCACAACCGCUGCAGGAAGCCUCAACUUUUUAAGAGAAGAGACAGACAUCUACGUGGCCGACAAGGCUUUCGACAGUCUGGACGGCCUGCGAGGAUGCAUGAGCACCAUAGAAAUCAGUGGCAUUUACCUCUCAUACUUUGAAAAUGCUGACGUCCCUACUAAAAAACCUCAGGUGGAGCAGUUUCUUAAAAUAUCUGCAAAUCCUGCUCUUACUGGCUGUCUGCAGGUAGAUGCCUGCAGCUCAGAUCCCUGUAUGCAUGAGGGGAUAUGUGAAGACUUCUAUACUUCCUACCGUUGUGUAUGUUCCAAAGGAUGGAGCGGUGCCUACUGCGAAGUCAACGUGGACGAGUGCUCUUCAAACCCCUGCGUUCAUGGGAACUGCAGUGACGGGAUCGCCUCUUACGAGUGCAGCUGUGAGCCUGGUUACGCAGGGGUGAAUUGUGAAGAGGAUAUAGACAACUGCCGUGGCCACCAGUGUGCAAAUGGGGCCACUUGCGUUGAUGGGAUUAAUGGGUAUUCUUGCCUGUGUGCUGGUAACUUCACCGGAAAGUUUUGCAGAUACAGAAGAUUACCAUAUACAGUUUGUGGGAAUGAAGAGAAAAAUCUCACUUGUUUCAACUAUGGCAACUGCACCGACCUCAGUGGUGAGCUGACAUGUGUGUGCCUGCCAGGAUUUGCUGGAGAACGUCUUUCCUCUAGGUGUGAAAAGGACAUUGAUGAGUGCAGCUCUGACCCAUGUCUGAAUGGGGGCCUCUGCCAGAACCUCCUCAACAAGUUCCACUGCCUCUGUGACGUGAACUAUGCUGGAGACCGCUGUGAGAUAGAUGUAAGCGACCUCUCCUUUUUUGUCUCUUUACUGUUGUGGCAGAACCUCUUUCAGCUCCUCUCCUACCUUAUUCUACGAAUGGAUGAUGACCCAGCAGUCGAGUGGGAAACUAGAUCCAAUUUAAAUUUAUGCACUGCACAUGACUGCAUUAUGUUGUUGAAACUAAAAAUAGAGGGAAAACUGCUUCAAACCUGCAGUGAUGAAAUCAGCUCACCCAUCAUGGCAGAAUCAUUACCGUUGAUGGUAGGAGCCAGGGAGAGCCCAGCUUUAUUCCCGUGCCAGGUCAAAUGUAGGUUGACAACUGACUUGAUCUCGAACAUAUUCGCCUCCAUUGGCUCAGUAACGCUGGCCUUGUUAUUGAUCCUCUUCUUGGCAGUUGUGGUUUCAGUCGUCGCUGCCAAUAAACGGGCGACUCAAGGGACCUACAGCCCCAGCCGGCAGGAGAAGGAGGGAUCCCGGGUGGAGAUGUGGAACAUGGUGCAGCCACCUCCAAUGGAAAGACUGAUUUAGAAGAGAGUGCUCCUUCAUCCUGGAAGAUGGCUGAAAUGGGACCAUGUACAUAUGUUAGAUACAUUCAUUUUCAGUCUGAUACUAGGAAUACUCAUUAUAAAGACUGCGAUGACUUUGGGCUUUCAAUAUUUUCCAAUAUCUUCCUUCAAAGUUCAAUAUCAUUAAAAUUCUCUUAGCAUUGAAGGGAACGAUGCCUUUUAUCAUUGUUUUGGAUCAACCCAUCCAAGGACUAUUUCUUUUUUGCACUGGAACUCCAGCCUUGAUAAUCAGCAGUAGGCAUUACAGACAGUAAUGGCUCCUGGGAUACAUGUAAGUGCCUAUCUUGGAUGCAACACGAAUAACAGCUUCUCUUUUGUGCUUUCUUUUGACUGCUUUGCAAUCAUUGCUGCAAAAGAUGAUGCAGACAAAUCAAAUCAGGCUGUACAAUACAGACACUGUAAUUCUGUUAUCAAAGGGUUUAGUACUAGAGCUGUGUCUCAGCGUAUCUACUUUCAUCUGUUAAUCAGGGAUUAAAAGGAAGCCGUGCGAAAAUUCUGUGAAAUAAAUGCUUCAUAUUUAAUUGGUUUUCUUUUCCCCAGUUCUCUCAUUUUACCUUCUGUCCCUCCACCUUCUACUGAAAAGAAUUUCAGUUUCUGCCAAAGCACAUAUUUCUCUGAGUAUAAAAGGCUGUGUCCUAAAGUAUCCAGUGGACACAGACCGACCUCUUAGAAGACAGAAUCUGAAUGUCCUAAAUGAACUCUGUGCAUCCACACUACUGUUAUUUUCUUCAUUACAACAUUGCCUGAUGGUCCAUUUUAUAAAACUGUUGCUUCUCACACUGUAAACAUACAUUGCUGCCUGAAAGCAUCCUUCAAAAUGUUCCCCAAAGCUCACAGAAAACACCAGGAAAGAGGCAGAAGUGGCCUACAGGUAAAGCUUGGAGAUAAUUAUGAGAGACUUGGUGCAUCUCCUGGAGCUCAGGCUCCUCAUAUGAUCAGGGGCAAGUAAAUUUUUAUGCCUCAGUUUUCCUGUUUUAAAACAGGGAUAAUCCCAUUUAACGACCUCAUAAACCUCAGCAGCAAAAAGAUUGCAACUGGUUUGGAAGAAGUCUUGUAAGGAAAUAGAGAUUUGAACAUUUUCAAGAGAUUUAAUGAUCAUUCUUGUAGUAGGAAUGGAUGUGCCAAAAAUACACACAGGUCGAAGGGGCUUUUUUGAAAUGUAGAAGUAAAUAUUAGCAGUUAACUCAUCCAGUUCAUUUUCACAUGUAGUCAAGAAAUUAAAGCAUAAACACUGCUCCCACACAAACUGAACCCACCAUAAAGAGGCAACGGAGUGGAAAGUCCAUGAUGGCAUUUCUUUCUUCCUGCAGUUCAGCUUGUAUGUUGUGAAACAACCCAGAUCUAUGAAUCAAACCCCAGAUGGUUAUUCCAGGAGUUGCAUAAUAGAGCACACACGUUCAGUAUCCAAGAGUUUAACUCAUCCUUUUAAUUAACGAUCAAUUCAUAAUUCAUUGUGAAUGAACUCCUUGAGGGAUUACAAUGUCACUCAAUGUUUAUUUUUGUCCUGUAUGAUUAGCAGUAACUAUGAGAGUACAUUUUUUCAGUCCUCACCGAUAUCUUCCAAAACAAGGCACAACAGAAAACGUGAGUGGAUGGUAGGAUAAAGGAGCAGAAUGUAGUCACAGCGAAAAGGCACGACAGAUUUUAGUCUAGCCCAAUUUACAGCUUUAUGACUGGAGCUUAUUAUUUUGAAUGCAGUCGUUGUUGCACAGCUGCAGUCUAAAUCCAAAGGGUUCAAAUGACAACUAAGGAAAGAAUGGAAAAAUAAGGUGCCAAAAAUACAGUGGGAGAUAAGAGCAGAGAUUCAGGGUAGAACUUCUCAAAUCACGGCACUAUGUAAUUACAGAUACAACAGCUUUUAAUUUAAACUCUUGCUUUAA